GCAAAGCUAUCAAGGCAAAGGGUGGCUACUUUGAAGAAUCGCAAAUAUAACACAUUUUUGGUUACUACAUGAUUCCAUAUGUGUCAUUUCAAAGUUUUGAUGUCUUCACUAUUAUUCUACAAUAUAGAAAUUAAUAGAAAUAAAGAAAAACCUUGAAUGAGUAGGUGUGUCCAAACAUUUGACUGCUAUUGUAUAAUAUUCUUUAUAUGUAAAGACAACAUUAAAUGAAGAAUAGUCGGAUGGGUGACAAUAUUAGCCUAUCACUUGUGAAUGAUGUAUUAUCACUUGUGAAUUAUGCCCAGCUUGUGAAUUAAGGCAAGAAACAGAGCACACCUUUUUUUUGCGACUUUUUAUCAAAUCAUAGUUGUAUACCUCAUGUAUCAUAGUCCAUAGGCCUAUAUGUUUUGAUAAGGUUUGUAAUCACAACUAAAGUGGCCCAAUAACUUCUUAAAAUUAAAACAUUAAUCUGCUUUAUAACCGGUGUAGAGCCUAACUGACAUACAUAGGCUGCAUGUGAGUUUCACGUUUAGGGAAGAUCCUUUUCACCAUUAAAAUGGACCUUUAUAAUACAGUUGAAGUCAGAAGUUUACAUGCACCUUAGCCAAAUAUAUUUAAAAUCAAUUUUUCACAAUUCCUGAAAUUUAAUCCUAGUAAAAUUUUAAGAAUGUGAAAUGUCAGAAUAAUUGUAGGGAGAAUGAUUUAUUUCAGCUUUUAUUUCUUUCAUCACAUUCCCAGUGGGUAAGAAGUUUACAUACACUCAAUUAGUAUUUGGUAGCAUUGCCUUUAAAUUGUUUAACUUGGGUCAAAAGCUUCGGGCAGCCUUCCACAAGCUUCCCACAAUACGUUGGGUGAAUUUUGGCCCAUUCCUCUUGACAGAGCUGGUGUACCUGAGUCAGGUUUGUAGGCCUCCUUGCACGCACACGCUUUUUCAGUUCUGCCCACACAUUUUCUAUGGGAUUGAGGUCAGGGCUUUGUGAUGGCCACUCCAAUAUCUUGACUUUGUUGUCCUUAAGCCAUUUUGCCAAAACUUUGGAAGUACGCUUGGGGUCAUUUUCCAUUUGGAAGACCCAUUUGUGACCAAGCUUUAACUUCCUGACUGAUGUCUUGAUAUUUUGCUACAACAUAUCCACAUAAUUUUCCUGCCUCAUGAGCCAUCUAUUUUGUGAAGUGCACCAGUCCCUCCUGCAGCAAAUCACCCCCACAACAUGAUGCUGCCCCUCCCGCGCUUGACGGUUGAGAUGGUGUUCUUCAGCUUGCAAGCCUCUCCUUUUUCCUCCAAACAUAAUGAUGGUCAUUAUGGCCAAACAGUUCUAUUUUUGUUUCAUCAGACCAGAGGACAUUUCUCCAAAAAGUAAGCUCUUUGUCCCCAUGUGCAGUUGCAAAUUGUAGUCUGGAUUUUUCAUGCCGGUUUUGGAGCAUUGGCUUCUUCCUUGCUGAGCGGCCUAUCAGCUUAUGUCGAUAUCGGACCCAUUUUACUGUGGAUAUAGAUACUUUUGUACCUGUUUCCUCCAGCAUCUUCAUAUGGUCCUUUGCUGUUGUUCUGGGAUUGAUUUGCACUUUUCGCACCAAAGUACGUUCAUCUCAAGGAGACAGAAUGUGUCUCCUUCCUGAGCAGUAUGAUGGCUGCUUGGUCCCAUGGUGUUUAUACUUGCGUACCAUUGUUUGUACAGAUGAACGUGGUAUCUUCAGGUGUUUGGAAAUUGCUCCCAAGGAUGAACCAGACUUGUGGAGGUCUACAAUUGUUUUUCUGAGGUCUUGGCUGAUUUCUUUUGAUUUUCUCAUGAUGUCAAGCAAAGAGGAACUGAGUUUGAAGGUAGGCCUUGAAAUACAUCCACAGGUACACCUCCAAUUGACUCCAAUUACAGAAGCUUCUAAAGCCAUGACAUCACUUUCUGGAAUUUUACAAGCUGUUUAAAGGCACAAUAUGUAAACGUUUGUCCCACUGGAAUUGUGAUACAGGGAAUUAUAAUUGAAAUAAUCUCUCUGUAAUCUCUCUGUAAACAAUUGUUGAAAAAAUUACUUGUGUCAUGCACAAAGUAGAUGUCCUAACCAACUUGCCAAAACUAUAGUUUGUUAAUUAACAAGAGAUUUGUGGGGUGGUUGAAAAAUGAGAUUUAAUGACUCCAACCUAAGUGUAUGUAAAUGUCCGACUUCCACUGUAAAUCAGUACAUGCAUAAUCGCAUUUGCCAUCACUUUUGAUAAGUGUUUUCCCACUAAUUGAUUGAAUAUUGGAACAUCCACAUAUAGGACAAGAUGACCAAUAUAAUAGGUCAACUUUUGUAAAGUAGAUUGUCAUACUGUAGUCUAGUGCUUUUGCUGUUAGUUGGGCUUACACGUCUUUUUGGCUGACGAAAUUUCAGUCAGCUAAAUGUGGACAGUUCUAUCAUCAAUAUGUGCCUGGGAUUUUGAUAACAGGGGCGCAAGCAGUUGCGCCCCGGAUGCGUCUACCUUCAUUCUCUUGUAGCCUACUUCUGAAAUGUCUGUGAGAAGGACCCCAUCACGUGAUGGGUAUUGGUUACAUCUCAGAGAGCCAUGUGAGUGAGAGGUGCUUCGGAGCAAGGCAGCCGGGGUUUAGCCCAAGGGCACAACAGCCACUUUGGCCGCAGAAGGCAUGUUUUUUUUAAACAUGCAAAAGGCAUGUUUUUUUAAGGGGCAUUACGGCUACAUAAGGAUGCCGCAGGGACAUUUGAGGCCUGGUGAGAAUAUUAUCAAGUGUUUGUCAAAUUGUGAACGUGUCAAGUCUCCUCCUGCUCCCCCACUCUGGCGCUCGAUGUUGCCGGUCUACUAACCACCUGUCCCAGCAACCCAUUAUUUACGCACACCUGGCAAUAAUCAUGAGGCACAUCUGAACUUCAUCACUCCCUGAUUACUUCCCCUUUAUCUAGCGCUCCGUUGUAUUAGGUAGUAUUGUUUCCUGUUUCCAUGUUUAGACGGUACUCCUGUUUUUGUAUUCACCCCUGGUUCCUGUGCAACCAGGGGGGAAAAAUAGUCUAGAUCACCUGUACUCCACACAUAGACCCGUACAAAGCUCACCCUCCAUUUGGUAAAUCCAACCAUAACUCUAUCUUCCUGAUUCCUGCUUACAAGCAAAAAUUAAUGCAGGAGCACCAGUGACUCGGUCUAUAUUAAAGUGGUCAGAUGAAGCAGAUGCUAAACUACAGAACUGUUUUGCUAUCACAGACUGGAACAUGUUCCGGGAUUCUUCCGAUGGCAUUGAGGAAUACACCACAUCAGUCACUGGCUUUAUCAAUAAGGGCAUCGAGGACGUCGUCACCACAGUGACUGUACGUACAUACCCCAACCAGAAGCCAUGGAUUACAGGCAACAUUCGCACUGAGCUAAAGGGUAGAGCUGCCACUUUCAAGGUGCGGGACUCUAACCUGGAAGCUUACAAGAAAUCCUGCUAUGCCCUGCGACAAACCAUCAAACAGGCAAAGCGUCAAUACAGGGCUAAGAUUGAAUCAUACUCCAUCGGCUCCGACGCUCAUCUUAUGUGGCAGGGCUUAAAAACUAUUACAGACUACAAAGGGAAGAACAGUCGCGAGCUGCCCAGUGACACAAGCCUACCAGAUGAGCUAAAUCACUUCUAUGCUCACUUCGAGGCAAGCAACACUGAGGCAUGCAUGAGAGCAUCAGCUGUUCCGGGUCGACUGUGUGUUCACACUCUCCGUAGCCGACGUGAGUAAGACCCUUAAACAGGUCAACAUAUGCACAAGGCUGCAGGGCCAGACGGAUUACCAGGACGCGUGUUCCGGGCAUGUGCUGACCAACUGGCAGGUGUCUUCACUGACAUUUUCAACAUGUCCCUGAUUGAGUUUUCAAUACCAACAUGUUUCAAGCAGAAACCAUAGUCCCUGUGCCCAAGAACACUAAGGCAACCUGCCGAAAUGACUACAGGCCCGUAGCCAUGACGUGCUUUGAAAGGUUGGCAAUGGCUCACCUCAACACCAUUAUUCCAGAAACCCUACACCCACUCCAAUUUGCAUACUGCCCAAACAGAUCCACAGAUGACACAAUCUUUAUUGCACUCCACACUGCCCUUUUCCACCUGAACAAAAGGAACACCUAUGUGAGGAUGCUAUUCAUUGACUACAGCUCAGCGUUCAACACCAUAGUACCCUCAAAGCUCAUCAUUAAGCUAAGGAUCCUGAGACUAAACACCUCCCUCUGCAACUGGAUCCUGGACUUCCUGACAGGCCGCCUCCAGGUAGUGAGGGUAGGUAGCAACACAUCUGCCACACUGAUCCUCAACACUGGAGCCCCCCUGGGGUGCGUGCUCAGUCCCCUCCUGUACUCCAUGUUCACCCACGACUGCAUGGCCAGGCACGACUCAGAAUGAGAGACUGAUGAAGUGUGUGCAGCUUGCAACUUUUUUCAGAUCAUCAUUAUUAUGCAGUCUUAGUGUCACAUGAGUUCACGCUGGAGAGACGAAGCAGGUACGGGGAGUAAAACAUUGAAUAAAUAACGGACAUGGAACGAGACAGGAACAGCGUCAGCAAACUAAUAAAAAAACAAUACAAUGCAGCAGCGGGGAACAGAGCUGGGGAACUGAAAAAUAUAGGGGAGGGAAAAAACAGGUGAUAAGUGAGUCCAGGUGAGUCCAAUAACGCUGAUGCAUGUGACGGGGGAAGGCAGGUGUGCUUGAUGGAUGGCAGGAGUGCGUGAUGCAGGGCAACUUGGCGCCCUCAAGCGCCAGGGGGAGGACGGAGCGGGAGCAGACGUGACACAUAGAAUGUAUUAAAAAUCAAAACAUUUAUCCCGACAUUUGUAUCACAAUUAAAUUGCAUUAAUAACUCUAAAUUAAGCAUAUCGGACCAGUUUCUUUGUUAACCGAUCUACACACAAUAGCCGCAUGUGCACACUUCCUUUGAAAUCAUUUUGAGAAAAUAUACUUCAUACUAUAAAAUUAUUGCAAUUAUUGUCUGCUAAAUGAACUAGUGAAGCCCACAGCCAUAUGGCAUAGCCAUAUCAGGUCCUAACAUAAGCAUUACAUGGGCUUUCUCCAACCUAUCUUUCUGAUUUGGUCCUGCUGUACAUACCUACACGUACGCUACGGUCACAAGACGCAGGCCUUCUUACUGUCCCUAGAAAUUCUAAGCAAACAGCUGGAGGCAAGGCUUUCUCCUAUAGAGCUCAAUUUUUAUGGAAUGGUCUGCCUACCCAUGUGAGAGACGCAGACUCGGUCUCAACCUUUAAGUCUUUAUUGAAGACUCAACUCUUCAGUAGGUCCUAUGAUUGAGUGUAGUCUGGCCCAAGAGUGUGAAGGUGAACGGAAAGGUACUGGAACAACGACCAGACCUUGCUGUCUAUGCCUGGCCGGUUCCCAUCUCUCCACUGGGAUUCUCUGCCUCUAACCCUAUUACAGGGGCUGAGUCACUGGCUUACUGGUGCUCUUCCAUGCCAUCUCUAGGAGGCGUGCGUCACUUGAGUGGGUUGAGUCACUGACGUAAUCCUCCUGUCCGGGUUGGCGCCCCCCUUUGGGUUGUGUUGUGGCGGAGAUCUUUGUGGGCAAGUGUAGGUUGGUUUAUACUCAGUCUUGUCUCAGGAUGGUAAGUUGGUGGUUGAAGAUAUCCCUCUAGUGGUGUGGGGGCUGUGCUUUGGCAAAGUGGGUGGAGUUAUAUCCUGCCUGUUUGGCCCUGUCCGGGGGUAUCGUCGGAUGGGGCCACAGUGUCUCCUGACCCCUCCUGUCUCAGCCUCCAGUAUUUAUGCUGCAGUAGUUUAUAUGUCGGGUGGCUAGGUUCAGUCUGUUAUAUCUGGAGUAUUUCUCUUGUCUUAUCUGGUGUCCUGUGUGAAUUUAAGUAUGCUCUCUUUAAUUCUCUCUCUCUUUCUCUCUUUUUCUCUCUUUCUCUCUUUCUUUCUUUGUUUCUUUCUUUCUUUCUUUCGGAGGACCUGAGCCCUAGGACCAUGCCUCAGGACUACUUGGCCUGAUGACUCCUUGCUGUCCCCAGUCCACCUGGCCGUGGUGCUGCUCCAGUUUCAACUGUUCUGCCUAUGGAACCCUGACCUUUUCACCAGACGUGCUACCUGACCCAGACCUGCUAUUUUCAACUCUCUAGAGACAGCAGGAGUGGUAGAGAUACUGUUGUACCCUCAACAACCACUGUGAUAAUUAUUAUUUGACACUGCUGGUCAUGUAUGAACAUUUGAACAUCUUGGCCAUGUUCUGUUAUAAUCUCCACCCGGCACAGCCAGAAGAGGACUGGCCACCCCUGAUUCCUCUCCAGGUUUCUUCCUAGUGCACCCAGUCCUAGUGGAGCCCUGCCUUGGAGGAAUGUCUGUGUGCUCUCUCGGGGGACGUGCACAGAGUGGACAAAUCAUGCUAAUUGUCUUGGAGAGUAACAGAGCGUUAGACCCAAGAUGAAGGCAGAGAGGGAGGAUCUCUCCAUAGCCAUAGCCACUCCUCAACUUUUGCUGCUCUGGUGUCUUCUUGUCUCACCUCAGUCAGGACGUGUCAAGGGAGUCAACAUCACCAGCCCUGGCUCUCUGAUCCGGGGCACGUUGGGCGGGGAGGCACUCCUCUCUGUUCGUUACAGCAGCUCCAGCCCCGACACGCCAGUCAUCAAGUGGCAGCUGAAGAGGGAUGAAAGGCCCGUCACCGUGGUCCAGUCCAUUGGCACCGAGAUCAUUGGGAACCUGAGGCCCGAGUACCGGGACCGCAUCCUGGUGUUUGAGAAUGGCACCCUCCUACUCCACAACCUCAAACUCUCUGAUGAGGGCACCUAUGAAGUGGAGAUCUCCAUCACGGAUGAUACUUUCACCGGAGAGGGGAGUAUCGACCUGACUGUGGAUGAGCCCAUAUCCAGACCUUACGUCCACAUGGAGGCGUCCUCAGUACUGGAGCUCAGCGAGCACUUCACCCUCAACUGCUCCCAUGACAACGGAACCAAUGCCAAGUACAGCUGGCAGAAAGGAGGGAAACUGUUGACCAAUGAGACCCGUCUGCAGCUGUCACCUGACCAGAAGCUCUUGACCAUUGUGCGGGUGCUGAUGGUGGAUGAUGACAUCUACGGAUGCGAGGUCGAGAACCCUAUUGGGAGCAUGAAGAGCCUGCCCAUCAAACUCACUGUCUACAGGAGGAGUUUCCUCUACAUCGUUCUCUCCACCGGGGGUAUUUUCCUCCUUAUCACCUUGGUUACGGUGUGCGCCUGCUGGGGGCCAUCCAAGAAAGAGAGGCAGAAACAGCAAAUGAAGCCCAGAGGUUUGGCAGGACUGCCAAGGCAUUUAAUAGAACACCCUGAUUAUUCCCCAAUCAAUCAUGCAGUUGACGUUGUACCAAAAAUGAUGACUGAACAUGAACGCAAGAAUCCAGUGGCACUCUACAUCCUCAAAGAGGAUUUCCCUCAGGGCCACCAUGACUCACCAGGCAACAUGGGCCUUGGCCCCUCCUCUGAACCACCCAGCAGCCCCCCCGGCUACAGCAGCUCCCUGACUCCCUCCUCACGCUCCCCUGAACCCCCCGCCCACUCCUCUCGCAGGUACCCCCGCACCCCGAUCAGCUCCCCCCCUUCACAUCACAACAAGGUGCAGAGCAAGUCCUCCACCCCCUCCCCACCCCGCACUCGAUGCUCCGGACACAUGUUUCGCGCCCCAGUGGGCAUACCGCCUGCCAGUCAGUUGGAAGAGCCCACCCCCACACUGGAGAGCAACGGUACCACUCAGGCUUGAUUGUCUAUCUACAAGUCCUGGAGGGAUGAAGUGUGUGCAGACUUAUGUUUCAGCCCAGCAAUAAGACAUCUGGUCUAAAUUGAAAACCUUGACUAGUUGAAAAAGGAUUGUAUUCAUUAGGCACAAAAAAGAACAAAAUGGCCUGAAACAGUGAUGGACUAACUGGAAUUUUCCAAAAGAAACAUUCAUUUUCUUUUUUCUUUGUAAAAAGUUAUUUUGCAUGCCAUUUGGUUACUGGUGUGGUGAAGCUGGGCCAGAAAAAAAGCUGGCACAGUGUGUCUCCUGUUGUCUUCCCAUGGUCAACAUGUUCUUCCCCCCUCCAUGCCUUGGUGCUGUAGAGAGACAUGUAUCUGUGUGUUUACAUGGUGACUGUAUGUAUAUAUGUAAAUAUAUUUUAUAUGAAGUUGUAGUGCAGUAAUGUUUGUCUCAGAACCCAACACAGCACUUAAUCAUCUCAAUAUGUUUGUAAAUACACUGUCAUCCUCCACAACUGUAUGAGUCAGGUUUAGGUUUUAAGUUAUGACACGUUAGUGAGACGAUUAUUUUUUUCUUCAAUUCUAUUAUGUCCUAUUCAUAAGACCUGUUCAAAUGUAUAAAACCUCUCUUUAAAGAUACCCAUUUAUUCAUAUGUUGGUACAUUUUGUAUUGUGUGGAUGUUUGUAAUUUAACUAAUCAUUUUCUUUGUUAUUGGGUAUCAUAGCUGAAUAAUCAUUCAAUGUUUUUCCUUUGUAUAGAUUCAUAGAAUUAUUAUGAAAAUCAAAGGAUACAUUGUACAUAUCAGGAGAGAUGUUUAUUAAAGGCAUGAUGAGGAGGAAA